CACAGGUUCAUUUAUCCAUUCCAACCGAACGCUCCGAUUUCAACUCCGAGAAUUUCUCCGGCACAAGGCAAAUAGCCCUGCCAAGGACUUCGGCAGAGUGGUAGACAGGAACGCGGGGACAUGGGUAGCAUCCCCAUGAUCGGCACCUCCCAUCCGGAUUGACCUGUAUUAGUUGAAUUGGAGAGAUAUCGGCUUUGUUGAUAAAUUGGAAAGUCAGCACCUAGACGACAGGGACGGGAAAAGUGUCAAUCACAAUACAGCAGCUCUCCUAUCAUACCAUCGUCUUCAACUUUUCGUACAUCAUACCAUGCCUUCCGCAGAGAGCAUCUCGAUCAGCACCGCCGGGCCGAACAUUGUGGGCGGAAACACCGCAGCGAAGACCCGGUGCCUCGAGCCGCUGGUGUAUUCUGGAUUGCUGGAAAAGUUCACCUAUGCAGACAUCACACCAGUUAUCGGUCGCGAGUAUGUAGGUCUCCAGGUGACUGAACUGCUCUCGGCAGAUGACGCCAUGAUCAAGGAUCUCGCCAGCAUCAUUUCACAGCGUGGAGUUGUCUUCCUUCGUGACCAGGUUGUCACCCCCGAACAGAUGAAACAAUUCUGUCUCCGGUUGACAGAAGUUGCUGGAUGCCCCGAGUCGUCAGGCCUACAUGUCCACCCGCUUACAGAGGAGGGCAGUGAGCUUGGUGACCAGAUCAGCGUUAUUAGCAGUGAGAAGCAGAAGAAAGGUGGUGGCCUCACUCAUCAGCUCAGUGACGUUAGCCGUUUUGCCAGUGCUGGUUGGCAUACGGAUAUCUCGUUCGAACCAGUCCCCUCAGACUAUGCAAUGCUAAAAAUCCACACACUCCCUGAAACGGGAGGCGACACUCUCUGGGCAUCUGGAUAUGAAAUUUAUGAUCGCUUAUCCCCCAGCAUGCAAAAGUUCCUCGAGGGUCUGACAGCUACACACGAUGCGAGCUUCUUCCAUGAUGAGGCAAGACGUCUCGGCAACCCAAUCCGAAAGGACAUUCGAGGUUCACCGCUGAACAAUGGCGAGAGCCUUCAAGCCAUUCACCCCGUGAUCCGGACAAAUCCUGUAACGGGUUGGAAGUCUGUCUACGUCAACAAGGGCUUCACCAAGCGUAUCAACGGCGUGACCAAGGACGAGUCCGAUAUGCUUCUUAGCUACCUUUUCAACCUUGUGACCCAGAAUCACGACGCCCAGGUGCGAUUCAAGUGGCGCAAGAACGACAUGGCCAUCUGGGAUAACCGUAGCAUGUGGCAUUGCGCCACCUACGACUACGCCGAUGCUCGAGCAGGGGACCGAGUCGCCUCGCUAGGCGAGGCACCGUUCUUGGAUCUCACAAGCAAGAGCAGACGCGAGGCACUCGGACUAUGAGCACCCGGGGAAAUGCUGAGAAAGAAAUCCGUUCUCUCGCUCUAGUUUGCUUUAAAGAAAGUCGCCGCGAUCCAAGGUCCUUCCUUUUCAUCCUGUCACCCGUAAGAUAUCUUUAUAUAAAUAAUGAUGUCGAUAGCACACAGAACUUAAUAUAAUUAGCUCGUGAAUAUCACCACUAACGGAGC